AUGUCACAACCCACAGGCUUGUUCAGCGUCCGUCGACCGAGGGAGACCUUGGGAAACAUCACAAACUUCUCAGGAAUCCCCCAACCCGCGUCUGCAAUCAAGCGCACCUCUUCGAACACGGAACUGCGAAAUGCGCCAUACACUGCAUCUCAUGUGCGAUCGACCUCGAUAAACCAGAGCAUCCAGCGUCCUGCGCAACCCAUCUUCCAUCGUUCCUCGUCCAGCGGCAAUCUGCAAGCAGAUAUGGGGAUGUCAACCGCUCGGCGGUCAGUGUCGAACAAUAUCUUUGGGAGCACGCAUACUGGUCGACAGAGUCUCGCGCCAAAUCAACUAUUCGGCUCGCAGACACCGGCAUCGCAGGGUUUGCAGAGGAGAAGCAGUAUCUUUUCUCGUCCUUCUGGUCAUGGAACCGCCGCGCACCAGUCGUUCUUCUCACAGACGCCCGCACCAGCAGGCGCACCCAAAGAUCCCAGGCCGUUGAGAGAUUCGUCGUAUAGGGCACGACUGAGCCAGGAGUUGCUGGACUAUCUGACGCAGAACAACUUUGAGUUGGAGAUGAAGCAUUCCUUGACCCAGAACUCGGUCAAAUCGCCAACGCAGAAGGACUUCACGUUCAUGUUUCAAUGGCUGUACCGCCGCAUUGAUCCAGGUUACAAAUUCCAGAAGAGCAUCGAUACCGAGGUCCCUCCAAUCAUGAAACAGCUGAGAUAUCCUUACGAACGAGACAUUACCAAGUCACACCUGGUCGCGGUGGGUGGUCAGAAUUGGCCUCGCUUUUUGGGUUUGCUGCAUUGGAUGAUGCAACUCGCCCAGAUGCUGGACAAUUUUACCCGCGGAGCUUACGACGAUGCGUGCACCGAAGCUGGUGUCGAUAUCGCUAGCGAUCGGAUUGUCUUCAGAUUCUUGUUCGGGGCUUACCAAGACUGGCUGCAGAUGGGCCCAGAAGAUGAUGAAGAGAGUGAGGAAGCCGCCCUUCAGCCACAUAUUCAAGCAAUGACAGACGAGUUUGAGCGAAUCAAUGCCAAACACGCUGAAGAGCUUAAGCUCUACGAGGCGGAACACGAAGCGCUCAAAGCCCAGAUCGAUGAAUUCGAGCGUAAUGCGCCCGACAUCGCGAAACUAGACAAGCACUUUAAGAUCCUGGAGGACGACAAGAAGAAGUUCGAGGAAUACAACGCCAACGUCCAAGCAAAGAUUGAAAAGUAUGACUCGAGGAUCAAAAUUCUCGACGCCGAAAUCCAGAAGGUCGAGGCAGACCUGGAAGUCGUUGAGCAAGAACGGCAGAAUUUACAACACUCGGUCGAUCGACAGGGUUUGAAUAUUCAAGACAUUGAUCGAAUGAACACCGAGCGGGAGAGACUGGCAAAGAGCCACGAAGACGCACUGGUUGCGCUGGAUGAAAUCAACAAGAUGGUCCUCGAGAAGGAAGUCGAAACAGCGCGUAAACUGGAAGAUCUCGAGGCCAUUGUCAAGCGAUACAAUUCCUUGGGUUACCAGAUGUCCCUCAUCCCCUCGUCGGCGGUCAACGCGAAAGGUGUAGACUACGAGCUCUCCCUCAACUUGUCAGAGCCGAAUUUCUCCUCUUCGACAUCGCAAUCACGCCGAAGUCGUGCCUCGCCCAUCGAAUCUGACCGCCUUCUCGCCGACCAGAACGUCGGAUACUCACCCAUGCACCUCCUCAACCUGGACCUCCGAGGCAUGGUCCGCAAUGCAUUCAUCUCGCUCCGCAAAGAAAUCAACGAGCGGCGCAAAGCCGCGGCGGAAUCGGACCUCAACGCCCGCGAUUUUCUGGAUAACAUCUCCGAGGCUCUGCAUGAGAAGAACACCGAGAUCGAUAAUCUGAACUACCGCGUGCAGGAAGCUUCUCGACAAUACUCGACCUUGAAAGAGAAUGGCCAAACGGCACACACGCAGCAGACCUCGGCGAUAGAAAAGUUAGAAAAAGAACUCAGCAGAAUGCGCGAAGGGUUGGAAAAGGGCGUGUUGGAGCUCGAGCAGCGCGAAAUGGAGGUCCAGCUGGCCUACGAAGGCAUGCGCGAGGAGAGCGCCAGAGUUCGGGAAGAGUUGCACGGUGGAAUCGAGAGGCUUUUGGAGGAUGUGAUUAGGUUCAAGGUGCAUGUGCAGAAGGGCCUGGAGGAGUUUGAGGGCUGGGUGGGCGAGGAGGUCGAGGUGGAGUUGUUGGGUGACGAGAUGGGCGAGCUUGGGCUGGAGGACAAGAACUUGCAUGGAGAGGACGUCGAAGACGAGGUCGUCAGAGACAAGGUCGACGGGGACGACGAUAUAUUUUGA